AUGCACGGUGGAGGAGUGGACACCGACAAGCAUAACGGAGCCGAUACGGCUUCAUUGCGCGAGAAGGUACAGCUGCGGAAGGGUGAAAAAUGGCGUAUCCUUAAAAACAUCAUCACGGUGUCGGUCGCGUUUAUGGUGCAGUUUACGGCAUUCCAGGGAACAGCGAAUCUGCAAUCGUCGAUCAAUGCGAAGGAAGGAUUGGGUACGGUGUCACUUAGCGCCAUCUAUGCAGCAUUGGUUGUCUCCUGCAUAUUCCUGCCGACGCUCGUCAUUCGCAAGCUGACGGUGAAAUGGACGCUGUGUGUCAGCAUGCUGUGCUACGCACCGUACAUUGCCUCGCAGUUCUAUCCCAAGUUCUACACUUUAAUACCGGCAGGUAUACUGCUAGGUCUGGGUGCCGCACCGAUGUGGGCUAGUAAGGCUACGUACCUGACGCAGCUCGGACAGGUGUACGCCAAACUGACGGAUCAACCGGUCGAAGCCAUCAUCGUACGGUUCUUCGGGUUCUUCUUCCUUGCCUGGCAAACGGCUGAGCUGUGGGGCAAUCUGAUUUCCAGCCUUGUAUUGUCUAGCGGAGCGCACGGUGCUGCAGCGGCAGUUGGUGGCAAUGGAACAAGCGGCUCCCACCACAGUGACCCGAACCUUGACAGUUGCGGUGCCAACUUCUGUGUCGUCGAAACGUCCGACAAUGCCAACCUGCAACGGCCGCCAGAUUCGGAAAUUUUUGAAAUCUCCGCCAUCUACCUAUCAUGCAUCAUUGCAGCUGUCAUUAUUGUUGCUGUAUUCUUGGAUCCACUUUCGAGAUACGGUGAACGAAGACGUGGUUCCAUUUCGGCAACGGAAAUAUCUGGCAUGCAACUGCUGUCGGCAACGUUCAAGCAGCUGAAGAAGGUGAAUCAGCAGCUUCUCAUUCUUAUUACCGUGUUCAUCGGUAUGGAACAGGCGUUUAUCGGUGCCGACUUCACGCAGGCGUAUGUGUCUUGCGCCCUGGGCAUCCAUCAGAUCGGCUAUGUGAUGAUUUGUUUCGGUGUGGUCAACGCAAUUUGCUCCAUCAUCUUUGGAUCUGCGAUGAAGUACAUUGGACGUGUGGUUAUCAUUAUUCUAGGAGCAAUUGUUCACGGAGGAUGCAUUAUUUACCUUUUGUAUUGGCGACCACAUCCCGAUCAUCAAAUAGUAUUCUUCAUACUAUCCGGAUUAUGGGGUAUCGGAGAUGCCGUGUGGCAGACACAAAUAAAUGGUCUUUAUGGUGCCUUGUUCCGUCGCAAUAAGGAAGCUGCAUUUUCGAACUAUCGUCUGUGGGAGUCCGUCGGAUUCGUCGUUGCCUACGCAUACUCCACGAAUCUUUGCGCACGCAUGAAGCUUUACUUACUUUUCGGUGUUUUGGUGGCCGGCAUGAUCGGAUACACGAUUGUUGAGAUACGUCAGCUGAAAAAGGAAAAGCGUUUGAAGCAGCUGGAAGAAAUCCCCAAACAACAGCAAACGGACGCCGACCGAAAGGCCAUCGAGGAGGAUGACGAGAAGGACGAGCUGGAAGAAGAUAUUGUCGUGACACAUCUCUGA